CCUGGGCGGCGUGCGAUUAACAAAUUUGAACGGAUAUUCGAGGGUGAAUCUCUGUUCUCGCGAUCAAGAUACUCAGAAUAUUCCUGGCGAUUAAGAAAGUGAGCAGAAAUUAUUGACAAGUGGUAUAAACUGUUAACUAGUGGCAGACGAUGGAAGAUAUCCAUAUAAUAUUGAAGAAAGUAACGAAAGACACCAUAAUCAGAGUUUGUGCCGGAUGUCAUAUCGCGUUCUCGUCCAGCGAAAAGCGUACAAAGCUAUCAAUUUCGAAACGACUGCAACAGUUGGGUGACGACGGCGUUCGUGAGAUUCUUGCAAGGUUGGAGGCAACAAUCCCUGAUAAUAAUGGCGAGCAGGGAGAGGGUCGCCAGAGGCGCAAGCGUCGCAAAUUGGUCCACGAUGGUCGGUUACACGCUUUGCCUGUUGACGUCGAUGACGUUGUUGCUGGCGAUGUAUUCAGCAUACCCAACGAAAACGAGCGACAAAAGAUUGUUAACGACUUCUUGGAUCGUACUGGGACAGAGGCGACCAAGCUAAGCGUGUGCUAUUCGUGCGCCCGAGAGUUGAGUUCCUCAGAAACCAGACCAAUACUAGCGGAGUGCUUACCAAAUUCGCACCUACUCACUCCCGAGAGCGCACAUCCAGCACAUACGUUGACGAAAGGCCUUUUGCUAUAUCGAGAUCCAACGUCACAUGUCGUCCCCCCCGAUAUUUGUUGUGAAUGUUUAACCCAGCUGGCAAAUAGUAAAAGACCGGUCCUGUCUUUAGCCAACAAUAUGUGGGUAGGGGAAGUUCCAUUCGAGCUGAAGAUACUUUCGCUGCCCGAAGUCAUCCUCGUAUCGCGUUACCUCGCGGCUGCCUACGUUGUUAAGCUGUAUCCGAAGAAGAGAUCAGCUAAGUGGAUGUCAGGAGACCAGUUGACAAGUGCACUGAGAGGCAACGUCGCGUCGUACUAUUUGAAAACGGAAGAUGUCGCUUCAAUGGUUGAUGAAGGUUAUUUACCACCUCGAUCGACAGUAUUGGCAGCCACGAUUGCAGUGACCUUCAUAGGUCAGAAUAACAUCAGUCUCAGGGCUUUGAAGACCAUGUUUACGGUCGAGCGGCUGAAGGUUGCGAAUGCCCUUCGCUGGCUGAUUGCCAAUAACAAAUUCUAUGCGCACAUCAAAAUUUCCGAGGCCAAUCUUCAGAGUCUACCGAUGAAUGGGGUUCCUGUGGAAAUCUUAUCCACAACCAAAUGGGCCAGUGACGCCGACGUAGGAGCAGGGGAGUACGAAGGUUAUGUGCCACAUAAUGACGAUGUUUCAUCUGAUGAUGGCUUGGAUGAUGUUGAAGGGCAAAUGAUGAACCCAGGUACGACAUAAGGUAGCGUUGAAAACCAUAGCUUAUUGGAAAUAAACAGGGGAGGAAGACAGCGAUGAUGAAGAGGAUGUAGUUGAAGGUCGAGAUGGUGAAGCUGUAUUUCAAGUACAGGCCAGUGGCGUUCUAGACUUGGAAGGCAAUCGCAUUUCGCAAAGUGAACUUAUAACACACGCGCUGCAGAAUGUUAAUGUGCGAGCUUCAGGAGACAUCACUACAGAUAAUUCAGCACAGUAUGUAGUGAGGGCCGGGGGAUAUGUGAAC